UGGCGCUGGACGGGAGAAGAUGGAGAUAAACUUUAUCCGAAAUCUGGAACAGUCGUUAUCUACACCUGCGAUCAGCGGAAUCAAUGUAUCUGCUCACUGAGAGAUAACGGCAAGAGGACGAAGGGUCGGCGGUCGCUCGUAAAGGAGCACACGGGGAGACUUUAGUGGACGUUAGCAAGUGUGUUAACCAGCGAGGGAAAAGAAGGAAAAGCGGCAAAGUUUAUUCAGUUUAAGCAAGAGUCAAGACUGAUCUUCACCAAACUCGGGCUUUAACUGCAGGAAAUCAAUCAGAGGGCACUUUCUGUUCUCCACCUUCAUCAGUUCUCAAAUAACGCUUCGGGAUUCUCAUUUAAAGGUCAUUGAUAGCCCUCAGGAUCACAUGCUGAACGGGGAGGAGGAGCAGGAGAAGAGGAUUGAGACACGAGCUAGAUUGAGUUUCCUUGGCGACUGGAGGGACACACUCGGGGUGAUGACUCUGGAGAAUGCAGCAUGCACACUCGAGAAUGCUCAGGGCCUAAAAACUUGUUAAUGAGGACAUCACUGACACUCAAACUCCAGUUUCAGGAUUAACGAGCAGUGUAUGGAAGCACGCUGAUCUCCCAGAAUGACGAGUGCUGCUCCAACCCGGAAACCGUACCGAAAGGCACCUCCGCAGCACCGCGAAUCACGCCACACUGUUCCAGUGUUCAGAGAGGAUAUAAGCCAGAGUACUCUGCCGUCCGUCAACCCUGCAUCAUCAGCCCAGCCUGACCCCUGCCAGGAGUCUUUAUCAGAUGCCGACAGAAUCAAGAUCCUCCAGCAGCAGAAUGAAGACCUUCGUCGCCGUCUAUCCCAGACCACUCAUAACAUGGAAGCGAUGGAGACAGAGUUUGAAACCAGUCGACAUUACAUGCAGGCAGAGUUGGGUCGCACCAGAGACGACCUGGAGAAAAUGAGGGACAAAUUCAGAAGACUGCAGAACAGCUACACAGCGUCUCAGAGAGCUAAUCAGGACCUGGAGGAGAAACUACACGCCCUGGCUGCCAUCAGUCAAACUUGGGUCUAUGCACUCCGUAAGGUGGAGAGAGACAAGAAGACAAUGGAUCAAGAGAUAGUGGAGCUCACGAAUAAACUAGUGGAUGCCAAAAACACUAUCGACAAACUGGAGGAACUGAAUGAGCGCUAUCGGCAAGACUGCAAUUUGGCCGUGCAGCUGUUGAAGUGCAAUAAGUCGCAUUUCAGGAACCACAAGUUUGCAGAUUUGCCAUAUGAGCUGCAGGACAUGGUGAACAAGCAUAUGAAGAGCAACUUGCCGAAAAAGACUCAGGGCUCUCCAGGAGCUCAUGUCCAGGACCCUGACACUCUGAGCCUGACCCCUGCAGAUGUUGUUCCCACUUCAGUCAUUGCCCGUGUUCUCGAGAAGCCAGAGCCCCUUGUGCUCAACUCAGCCCAGUCUAGCAGCAGUGCAGGUCGGCCAGUGGCUGAGGAUGUGUUUGUACACGUGGAUAUGACAGGACCCCAAGAUGACAAUGGAAGGAACGAGAACGGGGGACCUCACGGCAGGCCUCCUUUAGGACCUGGUUCUGAACAGCAGCAUGUAAAUGGCAUGUGUCGAAGCCAUGGAAGCCUAGAUGGUCCAACCGGGGAAGAUGGGACAGCACCCUCCUUUGAGAAGCUGAACCCUUACCCAGCCCCUAUGCCACCACAUCCACUUUACCCUGGUCGCAAAGUGAUUGAGUUCUCUUCAGAUGACAAAGUAAAGAUCCCCAAGAACAGCCCACUUCCCAACUGUACCUAUGCGACUCGUCAGGCCAUUUCACUUAGUAUUGUGCAGAAUGAAGAGGAAGCAGCCGAGCGUCAGCGUACCGUUCCCAAUAGCCCUGCUCUAUCUGAUGGGGGUUGGCGGUCAGGUACAUCCUCAUCUUCCUGUGGACGUUAUGCUUCUCACCAACGAACGCCUGCACAGAUGGAUGGCACGGACACACUCUCCAGUUAUUCAAGCCCCUUUAGCAGUCCUCCUCAGCCCCCCAGCGCCUUUGCCAGCUCAGGUAGCUCGGAGGAGGACCUACUGGCCAACUGGCAGCGCAUGUUUGUGGAAAAAAUGGCGCCAUCCACAGAAGGCUCCCUUGUCAACCGCACAUCCUUUAGCUGCGAGACAGUAAAGGAUCUCCAAAGAGGUCGCAAUGGGAAAUCAGGGGUAGGGGUCCUAAGAGGUGCUUACUCUGAUGGUGAGGAGGGAUCCUCGGCCCAUAGCUGGACCGCAAGUAGAGAGUCGAGUUUGGAAACAGACACCAGCAGUUUGGCAGACCUCCGUGCAAAGAAGACACAAUAUGGUGGUGACUUUUCCCAGGAGGAGGGUGAACAUCUUCUAAUGGCCCUUGAUCCACUUGACAAUGAUGGUGCUAGUGGUGAUACCAUGGUCACCGUAGAGAGCAGUCCAGCAUCUGCUAAGCAUCAGGAGUUUGCAGAAGAUGCAGGCUCUGCAGGAAGUUCAGCUGAGGAACGAGAUAUCCUAACCCAGGACUUUCCGGUCAUUAGCUCAAAGGUCGUAGCUGCCCUUGAGGAUUAUGCAGACAAGCCCCCUCGGACUGGCUCUUCACGACCUCUGAAGAGCCCCAAGAGGAUGGGGGUUCAUCAUUUGAACCGCAAAGACAGCCUUACCAGAGCCCAAGAGCAUGGAAACUUGCUAGACUAAGACUUGCAGCCUCACUCUUUUCUUUUUCUUUAUUUUGAGUGCUCUUUGUCUUACUAGCAAUCACUAGUCAUUGCAGCACAUAACAAGGGAUCAGACCAGCAUUGCUGCAGUCAUACCUGACCAUGUCACUGUUGCUGAGGCAUCAUUGUAACUCUUCUAUCCUCUCUCUACGGGGCAUGGGCUCUCUUAUCUGUGGAACCUAUGGUAUUGAUGGAAUCUGUGAUGUACUGUAAAUCUAGUUGCAGCUUCAUUAAGUCAAAGUAGUUAGUUUCAUCCCACAUCAAGAGGACAGUGCUUCAGGGAUUAUAGAAGAAUGUUAAAGUGGGAUUUAAGUUGAUUUUCCCUGCUCCAAUUCUUGGCUUCAGCUUUGUGUGACAUGAUUUGAGUGGGUGACAACAGUACAUCGACAUCCAGUCACAUCUCUGAAAGAGGAAGAGUUCUUCAUUGAAGAUGAGAUAGAACAGCUCAAGAAUGGGAUCCCUGUUGCAUGUUACAGACAUGGAACACCUUACAAACAGGUUGUUUUGCCAUUUUCUUUUGCCCUAGGGUGAGCCUUUUUUCCCCAAUGAUGUUGUGGCAGGGCGGAGGGCAGAGGGCGGGGCCGGGUCGUGAUCAUACACACCCGGUCCCGUAUUAGGCUAAUCAAGCCUCUGAGGUUUAAAGGAUGGGCAAGGAGGAGGCGAGAACCGGCUUUUCAAUUUAAAUAAUAGUUUUAAUGAUAAACCUAAAAGAAGACAUAAACACACACAUGACGGACAUGUCCGUAAACGAUCUCUCUCUCCCGCACGAUACUCUGCAGUCGACCUUUAAACCUCAGAGGCUUGAUUAGCCUAAUACGGUACCGGGUGUGUAUGAUCACGACCCGGCCUCGCCCUCUGCCCUGCCACAGAUGUAUAUCCAGUAUCCCAGUAAAAGCCCUUUGUUGCUGGAAAUGGCACCAAAUGGCCCAAAACUUGCCACAUGUAUUCUACUGGUUGAAGCAGGUUUAAUGGGAUCUAUGGGGUUCUCUCAUCAAUUUUCAGUGCCUAACACUUGCUCUGAACAGAGCAGGCUCUCCAUCACUCUUAAAAUGAACAUCUUGUUCCUUUAGUUGGCUUUUGGUCAUGAUAAACUGAGAGGAUCAUUCACCUCAAAUUUUCAGACGGUUACAUCUCUUCAUCGAUCUACCACUGUAUUUCAAUACCUAAAAGACAGCUUUUUACUUUAAUAAUAUAAAUUAUGAUUUUGAAUUUAGUGUCAGUAUACUGGUUUAAUGAUCAAGUUCUUGGAUAUACUUCCUGAUUUUCAUUCACUUGUUUUAUUUGACUAAUGAUAUUCAAAACUGAUUAUUUUAAGUAUAUAGUGUUUUUUUUUUGGUGCAUUUAUUUGUCUUUUUUUGCUGUUUGAGAGUCUAAAGUGUCCACUCAGAGCUGUUAAGCACUUGCAGACAUUUAUAAAAAGCACACAGGUAACAGAUUCCUGAUUUGAAAUGGGAUGGUAUACAAAUCUGGAUAUUAUUAGUUGUGCUACUAGAAUGCAAUAGCAAUUAAACCCAAACAGUGCUGUAUUUGGCAUAAUUUCAUGCAGCAAUCCCAAAAAAUAAAUUUUCAGCUAUAUUUUCAGCCAUCAGUAUUUAAGACUAAGGCUGACAUUUUUGGAUGUCCCAUUGGUAUUUCGUGUCCUCUAAUUUUGGGAUGUAUUGUGUCCCCUCGCUGCUAAGAGCAGAUUGCCAUUCAGAGGGUGUAUUAACAUUUCAAAAACUAUGCAUCUAGCAAAGUAGAAAAAUACCACAAAAACUUGAAUCAUGGCCAAGAAUUGUAUACAUUAUUAUAACAUUACUGACAUUUAAAUUAAGUAAGUUGCAUACAGUAGACUAAAAAAAAAAGUCAUUUUGGCCAGAAACAUUCUUUUGUUGUUUAUUUGUUCAAAUCCUGAAGCCAUGUUUUGAUCUUAACGAAUGUAACCAUCUUUAUGUAGCAUCCAUUUUUACUGGUUCUUCAUUAUUCUCAAACGGAUCAUACCUGCUAUAUGUAUUUUUGGGGGAAUGUGCAUCCCACCAUCAUUUGGUGUGUUUUUGUGUGUAUUUUUGUGUGGAAAUCUGAAUUACCUAGAUUUUUAGUGAUCAGUCUGUCCAAUUGAUACUUUAUAUAGAUGUUAUUAUUUUUUUCUGUUAUUCCAGUUGUAAAUUUCAGUCAUUUCAUUUAAAAUACCUUUUUAAUAUUUUAUUACAUUUAUCAGCUUUUCUUAAGUACUGAGUUGCAACCACUAUGAGCAUCCCCACUCUUUUGUUUUGUUUCUAUAUUUUAGAGAUGAUUCAAAUCUGUAUUGCCUUUUUAAGUGCUUCUUGCUUUGAGCUAUUUUUAUUUGCAAUUUAUUUGUUUUAGUCUUUAGACCUCUCACUAGCCAGAUGUCCCACGACAUACUGUACUCGGGUCAAGUAAUUAAUGCAGUAUUGUACUUUGUGUUUAAAUUAAAAAAAUAUAUUUUUUGGACACACAAUACCCUCCACCUUUAAUGAUUGAAAGGAACAGUUCACCCAAAAAUAACCCUUUAAGACUCCUGCCAUACUGGUGAUAUGCAGCACAGUAAUCUCCAGGUAAUGUGUAAGAGUAUCUUGUGUAUUUCAGAUUCUUAUAUUGGUCUUUUAUUUAUGGACAUAUCAACCAUUUGGAAGUGAGGUACAACGGUGUGUAUUAUGUUUAGCAGUAUUCCUGAAGGACGGUCAGACUUUUGUAAACUGCUUCGCAUUUAAAAAUUCAGCUACGUAUUUCUCAGUUAAGGGCAGAUUGUGUAAUCCAAGGGCUCCCAAGUCCAUACUUACUGUUUUCUUGUCUUACACUUUGCUCUUAGUAUGUAGGAUUCAUCAUCUUUUUUUUUUUUUUUUCCCGCAGCAUAUGAGGGUACCACUAAUAGCCCAUGAUUAAAGUGUAAUGGCCCACCAUUCUGAACAAUUCAUAUUUUAUCAUGUUCUAAAAUAGCUCUGUGAUGUUUUAAAGAGACAGAGUGCAGCCUGUCAGGGUAUUGCAUACAGAAAUGGAUGCCCUUAAAUUUUCAUCAGAUGUUACAUAGACUCCAGUCCAGUGCACAUAAAGAUGAUAACAAACAAUGGCUAGGACGUGUCUAAAUAUGCUGAUCUUUGCACACGUCAGAGACUUGCACAUCUUCUCUUUAAUCCAAGGUGACCCUCCUGGGGUGCUGCAUGCAAAUCAUGCUAAAUUUCACUGAGAAAUCUAAGAAAAGAAAAAAAUCUAAAGGUUGUCCUCCUACCGAAUACUCCAGUCCUCCACCCGUCCAAAGUAUAAAAAAAAUACAAUUAAGAACAGUCUCAUGUUAUCUCUUUAACCUUCAAGAUGGUCUGUAAUCUGCACCUCUUCCUUUGAUCUGAUAAUUGACCAUUGAAUUAAUCAGUCGAACAGCUUUCAUCUAUUCAUCAAGAUUUAUAAUGGCAAGUCAGAUUGAGAAGUCUUAAAUUAGCCUUCGCUAUUGACUAAUGAUCCCGCUUUAAUGUCGAUAUGAAAUCAAAAUUGACCCUCUUGAUAUACAGUACAUUUAGUCUUAUUGUGCAAGGUUAGUCAGUGCAUGUUAUUCCUAAGAAAAAUAAAAUGUCUUAAUAAUGUUUCUUCAGAAUGCAAUAACUUGCUCUGCCUCUGAAAUGAAUUUCCUUUUUCCAUUGAUGUCAUCUAGGACAUGUGGGCUAUUGGUUUAUGUUAACCAAUAACAAAAUACCUGUUCAGGCAUAGUUUGAAGCAAAGUCUCGUUCAGGUCUGGCUUCAUGCUUCACUUUUUGUGAUGCAAUCCUUUUCAUAUGGAUUGGCCUAAACUCUACAUUUGUAUCUCAAAUGUCUUAUUGCAAUCAGAAAUAUGUCACAUUAUGGAAAUAAAAUGUUGCAAAUGUUGUAUCAUGUUAACUUUAAACAUUCUUUUAUUUAGAUGUCUUUAGUAAUUUAAUGCUUUUAGUAUUUGCUGUUUGUUGAUUUAUUUGCUUUGAUUGUCUUAGAUCUUUAUUAUGGUGAUAACAUUUCAAAUGAUUAAAGGGGAUAUUUCAAGGGGGCAAAAACUAAGCAGAAUGGAGCCUAUUUAUUUCAUGUUGAUGGUAAUGGCUCACUCAAUUGCAUUUCAGAUGUUUAUAAUUGAAUUUUGUGGUUUGUUGAUUAAAUUUGUCUGUAAAUGGCCAGAUUUGUGGUGCGUACUCUGCAUACCUUGUCUCUCAGUCUUACAAAUAUACUGUAGCAAUAUGGUGCUUUUCCCUUGUCUUGUGUUCCUUAGAUUAUUAUUUUUUUUUUUUCCCCAUCAUGGUUUCCAUAGUUGUGUAGAUGUACCAUUCACAUUUUAUUCUCCCCAUUAAGAAAAGAAAAAAGGCUUAUAACUGGAAUAAUUUUAUUUUCUGAAUUUGUAAACUGAUGUAUAUUUUAAAACAAAUAAAACUAUUUUAAAAGUAUUCCGUUUGAGCUGUACACCAAGUGUACUUUGAUUAGCUCAAGGUACCACUAUUAUGGAAUGAUGUGUGGUGUUCUUUUGAUGCGUAAUAUGAUGUAAGAGUGCCCACUGCUGGUGAAAAGGUAUGAGACCGGCACUUCUGUGGAGUCGGAUGGCUUCGAGCACCUAGCAACAAUUGACCAACCGUCAUACAUUGUAAUUGUCAAAACUAAUGUAAGCACUAAUUAGGCUCAGUAGAGCAGAUCAACAGAACUGUCUAUGUUUUAUAUGACAGUUUCCUGCAUGAUUGCAUUUUCUAACACCCUCAGACUUUUUAAAGGGGUCAUAUCAUAUGUUUCCAAAGGCCACUUGUAAUGUCCGUCAGAAACAUAAGUGGCAGAAAGCAGUAUUUAUGACCUUUUUUUUGCUGCUGCUGUGCCUUUAAGAAAUAGUUUGCCCUCAAAUCAUAAAAUAUUCUCUCAUUUACUUGCAGUCAUGCUAUGCCAGAUAUGUAUGAAUUUCUUCUGCAGAACACAAAGAAUAUCUCAGCUCUGUAGGCUCAUACAACACAAGUGAAUGGUGACCAGAACUUUGAAGCUCCAAAAAGCACAAAUGCAGCAUAAAUGUAAUCCAACAGACUCCAGUGGUUUAAUCCAUAUCUUCUGAAGCGAUCCAAUUGAUUUUGAGUGAGAACAGACCAAAAUAUAACUUCACAUUUUUCACUGUACAUAUUAUCAUUGCAGUCUCUAGGCAUGAUCAUGAUUUCAAGCUCGAUUUGACUUCCUAGUGCUUAACACAUGCACACGGUGCUAGGAAAUGUAAUCGAGCUUGAGAUACUCUUCUAUAAAUCUUUGUUUGUGUUCAGCAGAAGACAGAAAGUCACACACAUCUGGGAUGGCAUGUGGGUGAGGAAAUGAUAUGAGAAUUUUCUGUUUUGGGUGAAACUAUCCCUUUAAGACUAAUGUAUAAACGCCGCGUGACAAUGUUUACAGGUUGCCGGUUUGCAUUUUGGGUACAUUAUAGUUGCCAAGGAGUUAAGUUUGGCAUGCUUGACUACAAAAACAAAAAAAAAAGCAUUUUGAUGGCCAUUCAAAAGUUGUGUGUGUUUUGUUUUUUACAUCGGAGUGCUCUUCGGUCAUAAUUUACUCACCCUCAUGUCAUUCCCAUUCUUAAGACUUUCUUUUGUUAUGCAGAACACAAAAGGAGUACAAGGCUUUU